GACCAGCUUCUGAAAGUUUUCCCACGAUGAGCUGAGGACAGUAUGGGCUGGUGGCACCAUGCAGUCAAGAUGUGCCCAAGUGUGACAAGCAGGCUUGGUUGUAAGUGCAAAGAGCGAGGCUGUCAUUGUUUCCACCAAGCUUUACAACAAAAACUUGCCGUCAGUCUGGUUUAAAAACAAAAUACACAGGGGAGGAAGAAAAAAAAAAAAAAAGAAACCCGAAAGGUCAAAGACUGUGAAGUCCCUUUUGAAGCUAACUUUGGAGUCCCUGGCUGGGAGGUCCCUCGAGUGUUCAGUCCGUGGGCUGGAGUUGGCUUUUCUGUUGUGAUUUAUGUGGAGUGGUUCAAAACAGAAGUUAAUCGCUUGGGGAAGCUGGCGAGAGGGGGGCGCUGCUGCGCAUGCCCAGGAGCUUCCUCGAGUUUGUUACUCCACAUUCUUUCAGACCCAGACCGCGACUGCAGUUCCAACGGAACACGGUUACGGCGGCCGCCGAACACACACCCCGCGGGGUUUCUCCCCGCUCCCUACCUUACAGGGUUGUGUGGAUGUAGUUCCGUGGGAGACCCUGAGACACACAGAACUCAUGAAGACCUCGGGCGUUGUUGCAGCGUCCGGCAGUGAAACUGAGGAUGAAGACAGCAUGGACAUUCCCCUGGACCUUUCCUCUUCAGCAGCCUCAGGCAAGAGAAGGAGGAGAGGCAACCUGCCCAAGGAGUCGGUCCAGAUCCUGCGGGACUGGCUGUAUGAGCACAGAUACAACGCGUACCCCUCGGAGCACGAGAAAGCGCUGCUCUCACAGCAGACACACCUGUCCACACUGCAGGUCUGUAACUGGUUCAUCAACGCCCGCCGCAGGCUCCUCCCUGACAUGCUGAGAAAGGAUGGCAAAGAUCCAAAUCAGUUCACGAUUUCCCGCCGUGGGGCCAAGAUUUCAGAAGCUAGCUCUAUGGAAGCUGCAAUGGGUAGUAUCAAAAACUUCAUGCCAGCUCUAGAAGAGAGCCCGUUUCAUUGCUCAGCUGGACCCAGCCCAACCCUAGGGAGGCCAGCAUCUCCCAAACCUUCCUCCCCAGGAUCCAUUUUGGCUCGCCCAUCAGUGAUCUGCCAUACCACUGUGACUUCGUUGAAAGAUGGGCCUUUUUCUCUCUGCCAGCCGGUCGGUGUGGGACAGAGCACAGAUGUACAGCAAAUAGCGGCCAGCAACUUUACAGACACCUCUCUCAUGUACCCAGAGGACGCUUGCAAAUCUGGACCGAGUCCAAACCCUCAGAACGGUCUUUUCAACACUCCUCCCCCAACUCCACCUGACCUCAACCAGGAUUUUAGCGGAUUCCAGCUUCUAGUGGAUGUCGCUCUCAAACGGGCGGCCGAGAUGGAGCUCCAGGCCAAACUCACAGCUUAAUCGUUUUCCAGAUGAAACAGUUCUCCAAAGUAUGGUCCUGAUUGCCGGGGGUGAUAGCAAGAGAUGCAUUAUUUUAUAUAUUUUUCUAUUAAUAUUUGCACAUGGGAUUGCUCGAACGAAGCUUCCUGUUACUAAGAUGUCUUCAAUGGAAUACAGUCAUUCCAGGAACUACAGACUAAAGCUACUGUAGAAACAAAGGGUUUUCUUUUUAAAAUGUUUCUUGGUAGAAUUUUUUUUUUUUUACAAUGUGAGAUGGUUCCCAAUAUCAUGUGAUCUUCUCCCCACUCCUUUUUGUGAUGUUUUUUUUUUUACUUUUAUUUUAUUUUAUUUUAUUUUUUUUUUAAGACUGUGCAAUACGUAGAAGGCCCUAGCUAGCAUCUUUCUGUUCCCACGUGGAUCAGGAUGCCCACAUACAGUCUAACGAAUAAACUUUCAGUUUUUUUUUUUUUUUUUUUUUUUAAGAUUCAAGCAAGUAUGAAUCUAGUUGUUGAAUACCUUUUUCAUGAUGUAAUAAAGUAUUUUCUUUAAAAGUUAUUGCAAUGAAGAGCGUUUUCUUGUAGGAAGCCCUUAGAACCCAGUAGGAAUUAUAGCUCUGCUAUGAGUAGGAAACAGGGGCAGGGCAGAGUGACUUGGGGGUGUGUGUGCUUUGA